AUGUGGCGGCUGCCGCCGGCGCGGCUGGCCACCUGUCGCGUCUGCUUGGCCGAGGUGCCGGCCGCCGAGCUGCUGCGCCUGCGGGCCUGUGGCUGCCGCUUCUGCCGCGAGUGCAUGGCGACGUACGUAGCGGUGUGCGUGGAGAACGGCGAGCCGACGGUGGCGUGUCCGGAGCCGCGCUGUCCGGCCGACGGCCGGCUCAGCGCCGACGAGGUGCGUCAGCUCAGCGACGGCCACACCUACCGACGCUACCUGCGGCUCGCCUACAUUCACGAGGUGGAGCGUGACCCGAGCCGCACGUGGUGCCCGCGGCCCGGCUGCGACACGGCCUGCUCGCUUCCGGCCGGCGGGCGGCCGUUCACUUGCGGCGGCUGCGGCGGCUCGUUCUGCGCCGUGUGCCGACGGCCGCGCGCCGAGCUCGACACGGAGCUGCACGAGUGCCGGCCGGAGCGUUGGUUGCUGGGCGGCAGCCAGCAGCUGGGCGCCGCCGUCAAACAGUGCCCGCACUGCGCCGUGCCCAUCGAGCGCGAGGACGGCUGCGCGCAGAUGAUGUGCCGCCGCUGCCGGCAUGUGUUCUGCUGGUACUGCCUGUCGUCGCUCGAUGGUGACCUGUUCCUGCGCCACUACGACCGGGGACCUUGCCGCCACCUGUUGGGACACUCGCGCGGCUCGCUCGUCUGGCACAGAGUCCAGCUGGUGGGUGCGCUGGUCGGCGUGGGCCUGGUGUUCGUGGUGGCGGCGCCCGUGCUCAUCCUGUUCGCGCCCGUCUUCAUGUGCACCAGCUGCCAGUGCGACCCGGCGCAGGCGGCGCCGGCCCGACCCGGAGAGCUCCAGGCGGGCUCGGGAGAGGAGAGCGCGCUCGCGCACAUGGCGGGUCCGCCGUCAGCGACGGAGGGCCUUCGUCGGCUCGAGCGCUGCCAGUGA